AUGGAAGAACCUCAGCUUCGAUUCGGAGCCCUAUCCUCUGCAGAUGUCAAAUUGUGGUUGACGGGCCAAAAUGACAGAAACUAUGAGGGAAAUCCAGUCUUUCUCCAUUCUGUCAUUCUCAAAAGAUCUCAGUUUUUCGUGGUCAAGAUGUCCGAGCGCUGGUCAUCGGAUAAACCAACCGAUAUAAGGGUAACUACGUCCCAUGACUUUGAUUUCUUUUUAAAAUGCAUUCAACUCAUGUAUGAUGAGCCUGUGUAUUUCUCCAAUAUCGAGGAAUGCCUGGCCAUUCUUUUAGUUGCCUCGGAGUUGCUCGCUGAUGAUUGCAUCAACAAAUGCAUGCAAUAUUUGGAAGCAGUUCGUUGGAGUGUGGAGCAAGAAUCCCAAAUUCGAGAUGUGCUCUCUUCUCUGGGAUUGAAACUUUUACCAGAUUUAACUGCGAGGCUUGAUAAGAAGGACGACAACCAUAUAAUUUUUCUGGAAAAGAUUAUCGAUGAAAUGGUCUCCCUUAUUAAAGACCAGCAGGGAAGAAACCUGGAAACUGCAGAGAAAUAUAUAGCAGACAUUUUGAAGGGGAAUACAUGUAGAGAAGAUGUGGAAGUAUGCGGGCGUGUGCUUUUGAAAGAGUUUAAAUCAUCCAUCGCUUCUUAUAAUUUCAGAACUAUAAGGUUGCUUAUACACUUUAUCACGCGUUGUGUGGGAGAGAUACUGAAAGCUGCAUUCGUCGCUUUGUGUGAAGAUCCAAAAAUUAUGAGGUAUGCAAUGGCAACGAGCAUAGACUCGGGAUUUAAUGAAAAUAUCUUUUACACAGUAAUCAGUUUCAUGCAGGCCAUAGGAGACGGAAAGACGACAAUUUCAAGAGCUUCUCGAAUUUCUUUACUCACAACUUGGCUACCAAUAAUGGCAGAAAUGUGCCGUAAAAGAGUGCCGUAUGCUCUCUACAAUUCCAACUUGAUUAAUCCUAACUUGGCUAACUUGGCUAAGCUUGAUAAAGCAGUGCUUAACGUCGUUGAGAGCCUCCCUCUAGUUGACAGGAGAAGUAUUUGCGUGGAAUGGAUAAGGGUUUACAAGAAGUAUGACAUCGACAUCGCUAAGCCAUUUACUUUGUUUAAAGAUCUGCAAGAUGCUCAUCACAAAUCGACACCUAAGUAG